CAGAUGGGGUUUCACCUUUGGACGGCCGAAUGUGCCCUCUAAGGCCCAUCGUUUGUGACAUCGCGGUUGACCAUCAGGCGAGCCCGGGAUGAUGACCGCCCCCUUGCAGGACACCGGCCACCGCCGGUGGUCCACAGUCGGUGCCAGGAUAUUAUGAAGUCGCGGUACCGCGCUCUGGAGGAGUCCGAACUGAACGACAUCAUGCGGAAAUUCAGCCUGAUCCGCGAAGCUGAGGUGAGCGAGGAGGUGCGUCAGCAGCUGCGCAUGCCGACCUUCGACAGCUGGCAGUGGACGCACGAAGAGAUGCUCCUGCUGCUGCAGCAGAUGUUCAUCGACCUCGAACUCAUGACGCGCUUCGCGCUGGAAGUGUCCACUCUGCGCCGCUUCCUGCUGCGCGUGUUUGAGAACUACAACGUUGUGCCCUUCCACAACUUUCGUCACGGGUUCUGCGUGACGCAAAUGAUGUACUCGAUGGUGUGGGCAUGCGACCUGAUGUCGCGGACAGAGCCGCUGGACGUGUUCAUCCUGCUGAUCGCCUGCAUCUGCCACGACCUCGACCACCCCGGCUACAACAACAUCUACCAGAUCAACGCCGGCACCGACCUGGCGCUGCGCUACAAUGACGUCUCGCCGCUGGAGAACCACCACUGUUCGGUGGCGUUCAGCAUCCUGCACGAGCCCGACUCGAACCUACUGGCCGGCCUGGACGGCGAGGACCAGCGGCGAGCGCGCGACGGCAUCAUCCGCUGCAUCCUGGCCACGGAUAUGGCGCGCCACAACGAGAUCAUCGACCAGUUCCGAGAGGUGCUCGACGAGUUCGACUUCGGCGAGCCGGUGCACGUGAAUCUGCUAUCGAUGGUCCUCAUCAAGAUUGCAGACAUAUCCAAUGAGGCCCGCCCCGUUCCAGUAGCGGACCCUUGGAUUGAUUGCUUGCUACAGGAGUUCUACAACCAGAGCGACCGUGAGAAAGAGGAGGGUCUACCGGUGACGCCAUUCAUGGACCGAGAGAAGGUUAACAAAGCGGCUUCCCAGUGCAACUUCAUCUCCUUUGUGCUGAUGCCGCUCUUUACCGCCGCGGCGGAACUGCUGAAAGAGUUGGAGGGUCUGGUGCUGGAGCCGGCGCGGCAGGCGCUCGAACACUACUCGCGACCUGAACGACGCGUCGCGCUCGGCGCGCUCAACGAGGCGGAGGUCAGCGAGCGCUCGGCCAAGUUCAAGAUCGCCACGCGCACCGACUCGAUGUGUCGCCGCGUCAGCGAGGACUGCGCCGCGGUGGCGGCGGCGGUCGCGCCGGCCGCGGGCUCGCCCGGCGACGGGCAAACGAUGCGGUUCUCGCGCUACUUCCGCUGGAUGACCCCCAAGCCCGGCUACCUGCGCUCGCUGGUGCUCAGGAAGCGCGAACACUUGGUGGGCGGCCGCAAGGACACAAGCUAG